UCUAAAAUAAAACCGACAAUGAGGUGGAUAGGAGCUUUUUGAAUUGUCAUUUUCCCAUUUUGGAAUCCUGGCAUGCCAAAAAGACCACCCUACCCUCUCCCUUUUGGAAUAAUCUCCACGUUGCCCUCAUAAAUAUGAACGUUAUCUGUCAACUCAUAUUUUCCUUCACCUCACACCAGUUCUUCACAUCGAAGACCAGAGGAGAACAAAGAGAGAGAAGACGAAUCCGCAGACGACUGGACCUUCGACCAAACUGGGGAAAUCGUUCACCUUCACGUUCUUGCCUCUUGUUCAGGAUAAUGUCAUCAAGUAGUAGUUAUUACAAAGGCAAGAAUGAGGUCAAGAAAGGGGUUAACAACACCCAAAAACUCGUGUAUAUACCAAUGGAAUGCCGUUGUGGGAUGAGGGCUGAAAUUAAGAUUGUCGAAGUAAACCCAGAUACGAGGGGAGAAUUGUAUUACUCAUGUUAUAAGCCAGUUAGAGAGAUGUGUGGGUUCUUUAAGGGGUGUCUACCUGUGGGGUGGCCGACCAUUGGAAACAUCGGGGGGUGGGUGUCUAACGAACCUACCCGUGCAAGUGCCACCACUAACAGUGAUGAUGUUGUAGCACAUGAGAGAGAGGUUAUGAUGCUUCGCCAACAAUUGGACCAUUGCCACUUGCUGACAAAGGGGUUGAUCACGUGCCUCCUCCUCGCAAUUGUGGUCAUCAUCUUCAAAUGACGUAGUUCUUUGUCGAACUAUUUGAAUGACUUUUACAAGUCUAUUAUAGUUAUGGCACUGUAAUUCAACUUCCUCAUUUUU